CGACGCCGGCCGGGUCGCCGCAAGAUGACGCCGCCACCAUCGCCUGUGCGCGGGGUGAGGGGCGGCGUCGCGCUGUGAUGACCUCUCCAGCGGUGACGUGUCUUCGGUCAGAAUGGCGGCCGACAUCACGCUGUUGUUCCGAGCGAGUGUGAAAACCGUCAAAACUCGGAACAAGGCGAUCGGUGUCAGUGGCGAACCGGUCAAAGAGGAGAUCCUGAGGAAGGGGAGGACUAGGGCCGAGUUCACCGCCCGGGCCAGAGAAGUGCUCACGAACAUCAGCAAGUUGAAAGAUUUUCUUCUGGAGCACAGAAAAGAUUACAUCAAUGCUAGCAGCUUUGUAAUGUCAGAAUAUUCCAGUAUGACAGAUAUGGAACGUGACCAGAUUGAUCAGGAUGCCCAGAUUUUCAUGCGCGCAUGCUCUGAUGCCAUUCAUCAGCUGAGGGCAGAAGCCAUGAAGAAUGUGAUUUCUCCCCAAGUGAAGGAACACCGGGAAGGUGUAUUGGAUUUGCUUGAAGUUUACCUGAAAAAUGUGUGUAAAGUGUACUCUGAACAAAGGGCUAUUCGAGUCAAGCGAGUGGUGGAUAAGAAAAGAUUGUCAAGACUUGAACCUGAACAGCAUAGCAACAAGACAUUAAUAUCAUCUCCAGAGAAUAUUCCUCCUGUCAGGCCGGAAAAUUCAGAGGAGCUGGUCUUAAAAGAUGAAAGCAAUGAUAAAAGUUAUCCAGAAGUACAUGAAAAUUUGGGUGUCUGGGAGGAUUCAAAGGAAGAUGAACUUUCACCAGAAGAAAUUCAAAUGUUUGAACAGGAAAACCAGCGCCUUGUCAGUGAGAUGAACAGCCUGGUGGAUGAAGUGAGGCAAAUUGAAGGAAAGGUGGUUGAAAUCUCCAGGCUUCAAGAAAUUUUUACUGACAAAGUGCUUCAACAGGAGAAAGAGAUUGACAGCAUUCAUGAGCUUGUUGUGGGUACAACCGAGAAUGUUAAAGAGGGGAAUGAAGACAUCAGAGAGGCAAUCAAAAAUAAUGCUGGAUUUCGCGUGUGGAUCCUCUUCUUCUUGGUGAUGUGUUCCUUCUCUCUGCUUUUCUUGGACUGGUAUGACAGUUGAUGGAGAUGACCAAGGGUCUUCAUUGUGUUGCAGUGUAAGACCUGACAGGACUUUAUUAAUGUUAAAAAUAUACAACUUGUUCACAGGAGAUGAGCUUGCACCAAGAAGAAUGACAUCUAAAAUCAGCACUUACAAUGAAUUGCAAUAUUAUUUAUAUAACAUUUUUGCGUUGUCAGUUUAGUAACAGCCUUAAAUUGAUUUGCUAAAAGAAAUGAUUUUAUAUUGGAAAUCUGGUGUAUAAUGUUCAUUUUUUUUCUCACAAGUAGCCAUGUCAGAUAUAAUCUUUAUGUUCUUAUCUCUAAUAAUGUUGAUUUAUAAUGCUGAAGUCUUGAAAUGAACCUGUGAACAGAAAUAGCAUCAGGAGGCUCUGACUUUGCAGUUCUCAGUACUUUAUUUCUAGUUCCAAGGAUACAGCGCCUACAAUGUGACGCACAUGGUUGGUCAUCAUGAAAUAAAUGUGAACUGUUGGCUUAUUAAUUAAGUCAAAUAUAUUGAUCAUAAAUCGAUAAUAAAAGUAUUAAUCUGCAA